UGUCCAGGCGGGGCAGUUGGGAAGCGGAAGCGAGGAAGAUGAGGAAAGUGAGUCAGAUUCAGAUGAUCUAGAGGAAAAGAAAAUACAGGCCAUGCUGGAAGGAGGCAUCAUCAUGGAAAAACCAAUGCACUGGCGGACUGAAGAAAAAAUAAAGUGGACUGAUGUAGCUGGUUUGGAAGGAGCAAAAGCAGCUUUGAAAGAAGCUGUCAUAUUGCCCAUGAAGUUCCCUCAUUUGUUCACUGGAAAGCGAAUCCCAUGGAGAGGGAUUCUCCUCUAUGGACCACCUGGGACGGGAAAGUCAUACUUGGCUAAGGCUGUG